AUGUCAGAAGGACUUAUUCCGUCACAAGACACAAACCAUAAACUGAUAAGAUAUGGCCUUGUGAUAUUCGGUGCCAUUGAUGGGUACUCCAGAAAGAUCAUGUACCUUGGAGCUGCAACAGAUAACAAGGCAUCCACUGCCCUCGGUUUUUUCCUUCAGUCAGUGGAGAGACAUGGGUUUCCAUUGAGAGUUCGAGGAGACCAAGGAGUUGAAAAUGUAGAGAUUGCCAGAUGUAUGUUUUCUGUGCGAGGUUGUGGCAGGGGAAGCUACAUCUCAGGAAAAAGCGUGCAUAACCAGCGCAUUGAGCGCCUUUGGCGUGACAUAUGGAUGGCAGUUACAAACAUCUAUUAUGAUGUUUUGCACAGCCUUGAAGAGGAAGGAUUACUAGAGCCAACCAACAGCCUUCACCUCUUUUGUUGUCAGUUUGUGUUCCUGCCUCGUCUCCAGGCCAGCCUUGACUCCUUUACUAGUGGGUGGAAUAACCAUCCUCUCCGCACAGAGAGCAAUCGAAGCCCAGACCAGUUGUGGGAAAUUGGACUCCUGCAAAACCCUGUUACUCCUCCAGUCCUAUCUGAGAUUGCACAAGACAACGACUCUGACUGGGACACAGACAGUAUCUCUGACCAGCCGUGGACAGGAAUUGUAGUUCCUCCAGUCGAAUGCCCCUUAACUGAAGAACUUAAGGCCCAAAUUCAAACUUUUUUUAACCCAACCUCACACUCUCAAAACUAUGGAAGAGACAAGUAUUUAGAAGUUUUAAAUUUUGUGCUGCUUCAUUCUUAA